UUCGUUUUCUACACGGAGCUCUUUUUAUCGCAACACCAGCGUCUACACAUGUCAACAACGCACUAGUCUAUGGCAGAACUGUGGUCAGCUAUCUCUGCUGCUUUGCCUGUGACGGAGGCAGAAUUUCCACUUGACUUCAGUGAAAAAGUUGAGCCCAGUGUGGUGGAUGUGCUGAAACGUUGCAGGCAGCAGCUGUACACCGGGAGCGGUCGAUGGAGGCAAAACGCUCAGAUAAUCUUGGACUUUUCCUGGGAGAAGCUCAACACAGGAACGUGGCGUGAUGUGGACAAGGAGUGGAGGUGUUUGUAUUCAUAUGGCUGCCUGUUCAAAGUAGCUGCCCUAUGCCGUGAUGAUGCCUCACCAGCUACAGUGCAGGAGGCCAUACGGACAUGUGACUUGGGCCUGCUCAUGGGGGCAGCCAUCAUGGACAAUAUUUUACAAACCAUUGUAAGGAUCCUGCAAAAUGAAAUCGGGAAAAGGCACUCCAAUGAAGAGGAUCCUAGUGAAGGAGUUAGUGCCAAGAAAAUGAAGGUUGACUGUGUGUCAGUGCCUGUGGUCAAGCAGGCUCUGGCAGUACCAAGGAUACACUGUCCAUCAUUGGAGAGCUUCAAGAAAGAUUACUUGGACCCCCAAAAGCCAGUCAUAUUAGAGGGUAUCAUAGAUCACUGGCCAGCCUUCAAAAACCACCCUUGGAGCAUAGAAUACCUGCAAACUGUUGCUGGUUGUCGGACUGUACCUGUUGAAGUAGGCUCAAGAUAUACCGAUGAGGAAUGGUCACAGACACUCCUUACGGUCAAUGAAUUCAUUGAGCGCUAUAUUGUUGUGAAAGACGCAUCAAGUUUGGGAUAUCUUGCUCAGCACCAGCUAUUUGAUCAGGUCCCCGAGCUGAAAGACGACAUCCGUAUCCCUGACUACUGUUGUCUUGGUGAGGGAGAUGAAGAUGACAUCACAAUCAAUGCUUGGUUUGGGCCAGGAGGUACAGUGUCCCCCCUUCAUCAGGAUCCUCAACAGAACUUCCUGGCUCAGGUGGUUGGGAGAAAGUACAUUCGUCUGUAUUCCCCUGAGGACACUGAGAAACUCUACCCUCACCAAUUGCAGCUCCUACACAACACUAGUCAGGUGGAGGUGGAGAGCCCAGACGUGGUACGAUUCCCAGAGUUUGUGAAGGCUCCCUACCUAGAGUGUGUGUUGCAGCCUGGGGAGGUCUUGUUCAUCCCAGUCAAGCACUGGCAUUACGUGCGUUCUUUGGAGCUCAGCUUUUCUGUGAGCUUCUGGUGGUCAUGACCCAUGAUGAGGGAUCCAGAUUCAGGUUGUUUUUAGUCAGAAUUUUAGUUAUUGCAGUAGUCUUGUAAAAUGCAAGUCCUGUGCUCACAUAUGUUGUGACUUAGGUCUGAAUGUUAUUUUCUUAAACAAUCAUUAACAUGUCUGUCCUUUCAUUGCUUCAGCCCUCUGAGCCUCGCCCACCAAAUGGCUUUAAAAACAAAUUAAUGGUUAAGUGUCAAUGGUAAUUCAAAAAGGAAUAAGGUUGGAAACAAGUCUCAAUUUACAUAGUUCGCAACUUAAAGGCAAUUCAUAUUGAAGAAUUAUGGGAAAUCUGCUCAACUCAAUUAACAUAAGUAGAGGAAAAUAGCCUAUCACUAUAGCUAUAUUACAUAAUUAAAAGUAUCCCACCUCAUAUCCAUGACAAAGGAAAGCCAGUUGUGCUCAAUCUGUCAACACUUGAAUGUGAUUAUGGCACACAUUGAAUGCCAAGCUACCUGCAUGAUUGGCGCUUGCUUCCACUCAUUACUACAUUAAAUGAAGGAGCAGUUGAUGUAUGCUCAUUUCCUACUGCAUAUAAAAUAUGGCGUUGUUACCCAUUUAAUUUGAUAGGGUAUGCUUUUUCAAAUUAGCAUAUUUAAUUGUUCCCAAAUUAUUCCUGCAGAUACUCAAAGAUUAGGUAAUUUCCAUAAUUUAUUCAAAUAUGGCAGUACUAUUCUAAUUUAACAACCUAAUGAACCACAGGCACAAAUUAUGUAAACACAGCUUUCCAUUUAAACUGCCUGAAAGAAUGAUUGAAGUAGUUGCCACACUUCCCAGAAUUGCUCCCCUAGAAAGUAACUUAAUAAAAUUAAGAUAAUCAAGUUAAGAGUGGAGCUCACGGGAGACCAUUGGCGAUUCAAUGAAAGAUGUUCUCCUGAAAGAAUCUAACAUUUGAUAUACAAUUAUAAAUGUUUUUUCAACUUAACUCAAUUUAUCUGUACGAUAAACUGUACAUUUAAAUGAAGGCAAAACAUUGUACUGAAAGUUCUGACAGCUAUACAUGCAUCCGUGAGGUUAUAAUCUCCUGGUCCUCCGGGUCUGAGCUGUAGACCGAGGAGUGGGGGUGGGGGCCGUGUUCUCUUUGGCUGCUGACUGAGUCUCGCUCUGAGAGGACGGAGGUCUAUACACAUCUAUAGGGAAGAGAAGGGAAAAUGAAAUCAUAUGAAUGACUAGAUAAGGUAGGUAAAUAUUUGUCGAAACAGAUGAAAGUGAUAUGUAUACACAGACCUUUAUACAAACUAUGAUAGAUUGUAUAGACUAUCAUGGUACCACUUGUGUUGCAAUUCUUUGAUCAGUGUAACAUUACCUGGGAUCUCAUGUGGCCAGAAGUCCUCACAGGCAGGGCAUCGUGGAUCAGUCCUUCCUUUGAAGUAUCUGGCGACACAAGGGGUGUGGAUUUUGAUGCCACAUGUAGGAUUUUCACACAUCUGGCACUGAGAGGUAAAAAGACCAGAUUAUUACAAAAAUUAUGCAUGAAACCAAAUGCUUUGCCUAGAAAGCCAGGCUAUCAGUGGUGUCAAUCCCAUUUUAAAUUGUCAACAUAUUUUGAGUAGCAACUACACCAUUCAUGAGAAGCAUAUCCAACAAAACAUUACACAUGCAACAUUAAACAUUCAUAUCUACCUUUGAACAGAGAGCAGAGGAUUGAGGAAAGUGAGUUUGGGAAUCUGACAAAAAGCAGAUGUUACACCAAUUUGGAUUUGACACGGGGUCCAAUUUAGCUAGCAGGAGGAAUACAUUAGAUGGAACUUAUUUACUGUAAUUUAAAUUGAAGUUGUAUCACUUUACCUGCAAGGCCACAUUGUGACAGAUGUGGCAGACCUUGACCUGGUCUUGAUAUAACAUCCGAAUAUAUUGCUCCAUCUCCAUUAUACAUCGAGUGGAGAGAGUAGUCACCAUUUUUCUGAAGAAAAGACAAAACACAGAUUCCAAGUCAAUCAGUGGCACAAGAAAGUGAGUGCGCACAAGAAGCACUAACUACAUGCAUAGAAUGGGUCUUCAGAGACAGCACCUCAUUCAGCCACUUAUCCUGAACAAGCCUGUUCAGUACAUGUUCCGUUUCUCUUUUCUUUAGCUUCUUUGUCUGGAGGCUGUCGGCACAGUUAAGAAUGUCUGUGGAAGAGGCGGUUCCAUUGUCAGAGUCCACAAUCAGGUCCAUCUAAAAAAAAAAAAAAAGCAACAUGCCAGUUAUUACAGAGAUAUUCAAAUGUUAUUUAAUUCUUAAGUCUUAUUGUCAGUCAUUUACUAUUUACUAAAAACAGCAUACUCACUGUUUUUCGGAAUAAUUCCAACUCGUUGUCUGCAUAAUCAGUUGACAUCCUGGUCACAUCAGUUUCAGCCAUGUUCACCUGGACAGGAGAAGAUGUCAACAGGAAAAAUAAGAGCAGUUCAUGAUGACGGUAGUAGUAGUUAAAGAGCUUUGUGAAUGAAUUUGAUUAGUGUCACUGACCAAAGCAUGGUACUGAAGACCAUCCUCCUCAGACAUCCCUUUUCUGAUCUGCAUGAACAUGGGCUGCAGCUGGGCAUUGAUAACCUUAAUGAAUUCAUCAAGUUUAUCAUGAGCAUAGUGUGCUGUAUAAAAAGGGGUACAUGUGAGUGAGUGGCCCUCAACAAAAACAUUUUGGGCCAGUUUCUCAGACCUAGAUUAAGCCUAUUCCUGGACCUAAAGGCACUUUCAAUAGAGAAUCUCAAUUGUGUCUAGAAAACUGGACCUUUGAGUUUAAGGGUUUAACAUACAGACACUUUGCUGACACAAAAUAAACAGUAGAGGACCGGGGCAAAAUUGUUUGAAGUAUGCAGCUAUGCUGUUCUUACCACCCACCGUGUGUCUCACAGCAAUGCCGGUGGAGAGCCCUUGCCUUGGCACCAUCAAUGAUCCCAUUGACCAUCAUGGUUUGCAGGAACCUUUUAUGGCUUUCUCCCAAUGGUCGAGCCAUGGUGCAAGGAAAGCCCUAGAAAACAUUCAACAACUAUUUUGAAUAAGCAGCAUUUGAGGGUGUGAGAUUCCAUUGGACCCUACACGAUGUGGUUGACCAAGAAUUGCUAGUGCCUGGGCACACACAUCGACAAGCCAAUUUGCCUCUUUGCAUUAUAGGCUGACGUUAGCUCACAGAUGAAAGUGCUUAGCUACACUGAACAAAAAUAUAAACGCAACAUGUAAAGUGUUGGUCCCAUGUUUCAUGAGCUGAAAUAAAAGAUCCCAGAAAUGUUCCA